AUGGCAAGACUGAGGUAUGCAGGAAUUGUGUUGAUGGUGAUAGCCACAACCAUGGCGAUGACUGAGGCCAGAACUAUUGUUGUUGGUGGAUCUGAGAACUGGCGUUUCGGCUACAACUACACAAACUGGGCUCUUAAAAACAGUCCCUUCCACAUCAACGAUAAACUUGUUGAGGUGUUCAAGUUUGAUGCACCCCACAACAUGUACUUGCUGCCCAACCUGUAUAGCUACCUCAAGUGCGACUUCAGGAGUGCGAAGCUUCUCGCUGGUGCACCAAAUGGCGUUGGAGAAGGGUUCGAGGCCGUGCUGAACCAAUGGAGGCUUUACUACUUUGCUUCCUCUAACGACAAGAACUACUCGGAUGGCUUGAUGAAGUUCUUCGCCAUGCUGCUUCCUCGUCGGCAGUGA